GAGCCGGAGCCGGAGUCGGAGCCGGAGCCGGAGCUGGAGCCUGACCAAGAGCAGAAGCAGGAUCCGGAACCAGAACAGGAGCCGGAGCCGGAGCCGGAGCCGGAGCCCGAGCCCGACCAGGAGCGCAGCGGCCGAGCUGGAACAGCGGAUACGUGAGCGCUGCAUGGCCCGGGGAGGCGGCCGGGGGAGCAGAGCGCAGGCUGGUUUUUGAGGGAAUGGGAAGCAGGAUGAGAUAAGGGAAAGAGCCCUGACCUGGGAUCCAGGAGACCUGAGGUUCUUCCAUUUACUAGCUGUAUGACCUUAGGACGGCGGUCAGAAAGGGGCCCCGAAGCAGCUGCCCCUUUAGCGAUCUAUCACGGGCGAGGCCAAGGGUGAGGAGGGGGCCUUACUGUGCCCAGGCAGACGAGAUGCUCUGAGGCUCUGAUCAGGACCAUGAAAGGCCUCAGUGGGGACAGUCGAGGCCGCCACCUUUCAGACAGCCUGGAGCCACCACCCCCUGAUGCCCUGUUCCCCGGGUCAGACCGGAACCCCUAUUUGCUAUCUCCAACGGCCACAGUCACGACUGACCCCUUCUCCCGUGAAUCAGGAUUUCCAGGAGCCUCGACUGCUGUGCCUGCAGACACCCUCUUCCCACUGCCCAGCCCCCUGCCCACCAGUGGCACCUUUCCUCGCCUCCACUACAAUUCGCACUUUGAAGUACCCGAGGAGGGUCCCUUCCCAAGCCAUGCCCAGGCCACCAAGAUCAACCGGCUGCCAGCCAACCUCCUGGAUCAGUUUGAGAAGCAGCUGCCUGUACACCGUGAUGGCUUCAGUACCCUCCAGUUCCACCGGGCAGAGCCCCGGCCACGAGGGGAAAGCCCUGGGCGCAUCCGUCACCUGGUCCACUCCGUCCAGAAGCUCUUCUUUGCCAAGGCCCAGUCUCUGGAGGGCGGUGGCCUUAAGGGCAGUGGCAAUGGCCGGAAAGGUGGAGCUGGGGGUGGGGAGACCGGGAAGGGCCGGAGGGGGAAGGGCAAGGAUUCAACCAAGGCUGCUGAGCCCAAACGAAGGAGCCGCUCCAACAUCUCAGGCUGGUGGAGCUCCGAUGACAACCUAGAUAGUGGCAACAGUGGGGACUGUGGCUACCGGCCCCCAACUGGGCUGAUGACAUUGGGCCGGCAGCCUGAACGGGCCCAGCCCCGAUACUUUGUCUACAAUACCUUCAGUGAGCACAUGCUGAAAGCAGCCAAGAACAACAGUGAUCUCCCCCGAGGAGGAGGAGGAGGAGGAGGAGGAGGAGGAGGAGGAGGAGGCGGUGGAGGGGGAGGAGGGGCACCCCCACCUGCCAGCCUGCCUGCCAGCACAGAGGCUAGCUACGGCAAACGAGGCUCCUGGUCCACUCUGACCCUCAGUCAUGCCCGGGAGGUCUGCCAGAAAGCUUCAGCCACCAUCGAUAAGGCCCUGCUCAAGUCCAAAUCUUGUCAUCAAGACCUGGCCUAUCACUACCUACAGGUGCCCCCAAGUGAGUGGAACAGUUCCCUCUCCAGGACGGGUGCAGACAGCGAGAUUCCCUGCAGACGGAUGCGCAGUGGGAGCUACAUCAAGGCCAUGGGCGAUGAGGACAGCGAGGAUUCAGACACCAGCCCCAAGCCAUCCCCCAAGACAGCUGCCCGGAGGCAGAGUUACCUCAAGGCCACCCAGCAGUCGCUGAGUGAGCAGAGCACCACCCACAGGAGCUUAGAUCGCCUUGAUUCUGUGGACAUGUUGCUACCUUCCAAGUUCCCGAGCUGGGAGGAAGAAUAUAAUCCUAUUGGCAAUAGCAUUACCGAGUCCAGCUGCAUCAAUCAGAUCUUUGGACAAGCCUCAUUUGUGCCUCAGAUAUUUUCCCAUGAGGAACAGGUCAGGGAGGCAGAGCUGAGUGACCAGUAUGAGGCUGCCUGUAGUGAGGCUGAGUCUGCCACUGCCGAUGUGCUGGACUUGCCUCUCCCCAGCUACUUCCGCUCUCGGAGCCAUAGCUACCUUCGGGCCAUCCAGGCGGGCUGCUCCCAGGAUGAGGACAGCAUCUCCCUCCAGUCCCUCUCCCCUCCGCCCACAGGCAGCAGCCUGAGCAGCAGCCGUACACUGCCCAGUUCAUCAUGCCUAGUGGCAUAUAAGAAGACUCCACCUCCUGUCCCUCCCCGGACCACGUCAAAACCGUUCAUCUCGGUCACCGUUCAGAGCAGCACCGAGUCAGCCCAGGACACCUAUCUUGACAGCCAGGACCACAAGAGCGAGGUCAACAGCCAGUCUGGUCUAAGCAAUUCCUCUGACAGUUUAGACAGCACCCGGCCCCCCAGCGUGACCCAGGGAGGCGGAGGAGCUCAGGCCCGGGACGCACCAGAGCUACCCCAGAAAAAUGCAGCUCUGAAGAACGACAAAGGAACGUUGACCAGUGAGGAACCCAAAGCUGAGAGCGCCCCAAAAAGGAAACUUUCAUCCAUAGGAAUACAAGUUGACUGCAUUCAGCCAGUGCCAAAGGAAGAGCCACCUCCCGCUACCAAAUUCCAGUCCAUCGGGGUACAGGUAGAGGACGAGUGGCGGUACAGCGGAGCCUCUCACAGUAUGUCCUCCAAGCGGGACACUGACUCAGACACGCAGGAGGCCAAUGACUCCAGUUGUAAAUCCUCUGAGAGGAGCCUGUCCGACUGCCCGCCACACCACAACUCCAUCCACAUUGACACCAGCCCCCGGCCCUCCGCCAAGGCCUCCCAGAUCAAGCGCAACCUCUCCUAUGGAGAUAACACUGACCCGGCCCUUGAGCCUUCCUCACUUCCCCCACCCGACCCCUGGCUGGAGACUUCAUCCAGCUCUCCCCUGGAGCCUUCCCACCCUGGGGCCUGCCGGAGGGAUGGCUACUGGUUCCUGAAGCUGCUUCAGGCAGAGACAGAAAGGUUGGAAGGAUGGUGUUGUCAGAUGGACAAGGAGGCCAAAGAGAACAACCUCUCUGAAGAAGUCUUAGGGAAAGUCCUCAGCGCUGUUGGUAGUGCCCAGCUAUUGAUGUCUCAAAAAUUCCAACAGUUCCGGGGUCUUUGUGACCAAAACUUGAACCCUGACUCCAACCCCAGGCCCACAGCCCAGGAUUUGGCUGGGUUUUGGGACCUGUUGCAGCUGUCCAUCGAAGACAUCAGUAUGAAGUUUGACGAGUUGUACCACCUUAAAGCAAACAGCUGGCAGCUGGCGGAUCCCCCCGAGAAGAAGGAAGAGAAGAAACCUCCCCCUCCUGUGCCAAAGAAGCCGGCCAAGUCUCGAACAGCUCUGAAUCGGGACAAGGCCUCAGACUCUGGGGACAGGCAGCGCCAGGAAGCCCGAAAGCGUCUCCUGGCCGCCAAGAGAGCCGCAUCAGUGCGGCAGAACUCCGCAACAGAGAGCGCGGACAGCAUUGAGAUCUAUGUCCCGGAGGCCCAGACCCGACUUUGAGCCAACGAAACGGAAAAAGGGAAGGAACACAAGCAAUUUUUAAAUCAUUAAAGAGCAAAUGAAAUACUCCCACCCUUCAGUGUGAUUAUUCAGUCUAGAGACACCGGAGCCAACUUUAAAACAAAAAUUACCAAUUAACGAAAGGGCUCGAAUUUGGCUUUUUUUUCCUCUUCCCCUUCUUCCCAGCUUUCAGUGAUGAAGAUUUGAAACAGACAAGCAAACUACAGGACCGGCUUCUCGUGCUGAAGGCAAUAUUGCCACGUGGACUGGACUGACAGACUCCUGCAGCUCCCAUGCCCAGGCUCCAGACUGUGGAUCUUUUUACCUGUUGUGUUUCAUGAGAAAUGAUUAGUUUUAUUUACAAGCUACAGAACAAGAAUCCUGAGCAGCCACUACCGCCCCAGGCACACCCACCUCUCUCUUCCCUCCCAUCAUUCCUUGGUCUUUGUUUUUGACCUCUUCCUCUCAGCCCGCCCCCCCCCCCCAAAGACCUCCCCUGAGGUCAGGUGGGCUCCUGCCUUGCUGGUGGGUUGGCAUCCUGGUGAGAGCCCUCCAUUCUAUCCCUCAGCGUUUUCUCUUCUUACCAUCAGGGCUGGGAAGGAAGGGAGCAGGGGCAAGAGGACAGGGAGGGAUGAAUGGCUAUGCUGUGGGAGCACCCACCCCACACAUGGUCCUUUUGUUAAUGGAAAACAGUUUUUCAGGAGUAGAGAGCAGGAACAAAGUUCUCCCUGAGGUGCAGAGGGCAUGGUGCAGUAGAAAGAACAUUAUUAGAUUUGAAGUCAGUGGACCUGAGUUCAAAUCUCAGCUCUGAUGCUUAUUACUUGUGUGACCUUAAAUGAGUCACUCACCUCUGGGCCUCAACUGCCCCACUUGUAAAAACAGAGAGGAUGGAUUGGCUCUCUCAGAUCUCUCAGUUCUCCAUCCUGUGAACCCUCCUCAAAGGCUAAGCCCAGCUUGGGAGGCUAAAGAAUGUACCACCCACCUUCCUGCCCCCUUUCUUCAACCCUCCCCUUCCUUGGCAAAGGAAGCUAACGCAGGAAAGGGGGAAAGCUGAUUGCGGUGGGGUGUGCACUGAGCCAGCCAGCCGCAGGUGUUACAGACAGAUGGAGCCCACAGUGGGGAGGGACGGCUGGGGCUCCGUCACGCCUGGUUGCGGACGUGUGUGUACAUAUGCACAUAGACCCCCCCCCCUCCCCUCCACGAAGGCGCACAUAGACACACGCGUGUGCGCCCCCAUACACACGUGCACAGGAGGCCUCUAGGCACCAAGUGGGACGUUGGUGUAUGAAGAGCAUCUAUUUUUACAUGUAUAAUAUCUAGGCGUGUGUAAGAGUGAGUGUAAAAAUCCUUCCCUUGGUGUUAGCAGCUUUUCCCCUUUGUAGCCCGUGCCUGGGGGGGAGGGAGGGGCAGGCAGACAGGUGGACCCUUCCCAUUUCAGGUUUUCUAACUUUGAAGCCCCUCGUGGUGGCACUGAACUGCCAGGACCCCAACGGAUCCCUGGGCUCCCUCGCUGAGAUGGACAGUGUCCGGCGGCUCCUCCAGCCCCUCAGCCCAGGAGUUCGGGGAGUCAGGAGACCGUGUGCACUCGGUGCCCCCCAGCAAAUGCUGUAUACUAUGUAUAUGUCUAUAUGGCAUUGCAGGCUUCUCUGUGUAGGCCUCGUCACACAGAACGAGCACUGGAAGGAGUCAGGAGGCCUGGGUUCCAGCCUCCAGCUCUGCCACUUUCUGUGACCUUGGGCAAGUCACUCAACCUCUGUGUGCCUCAAUUUCCUCCUCUGUACAAUGGGGAUAGUCCCCGCCCCUCCCUACCUCACAGGCAUGUUGUGAGAAUAAAUAGGGUCACGUGUA